AUGUACUUCUCAAUCCCCACCCUCCUCCUCCUCCUCUCCACCCUCGUAGCCGCAUCGCCCAUCCCCCAAGAAGAACAAGGCGGUGCUCUCGGCGGUAUAGGAGAUCUCGGUAAUGGCGCCAUUGACGCGGUUGGUACGGCGGCUACCGGGGUGGUCGAUACGGUUAAUGGCGUCGCGGGGGCUGUUGGGGAUAGACUGGGACUUCCUGAUUUGGGACGUCGCGUUGUCCUCGCAUAA